CGCUCAGCUGGGGCUUGGGGAGGUCCGCGUAAGAGCCGCCUGCCCGCCGGCCUCCCUCGGUCCCUCCCCAGCAGUCACUCGGAGCACUGCCGCGGAAACGAUGGAGCCGGGCUGGUGGCCGCAGCUGGGGCUUACUUUUCUGCAGCUCCUUCUCAGCUCGUCCUUGCCCAGAGAGUACACAGUCAUUAAUGAAGCCUGCCCUGGAGCUGAGUGGAAUAUCAUGUGCCGGGAGUGUUGUGAAUAUGAUCAGAUUAGAUGUACCUGCCCGGGAAAGAACGACGUGGUGGGUUAUACCAUCCCUUGCUGCAGGAACGAGGAGAAUGAAUGUGACUCCUGCCUGAUACACCCAGGUUGCACCAUCUUUGAAAACUGCAAGACGUGCCGAAACGGCUCAUGGGGGGGUACUCUAGACGACUUCUACGUGAAGGGCAUCUACUGUGCAGAGUGCCGCGCGGGCUGGUACGGAGGAGACUGCAUGCGAUGUGGCCAGGUUCUACGAGUCCCGAAGGGUCAGAUUUUGCUGGAGAGCUACCCCCUGAAUGCUCACUGCGAAUGGACCAUUCACGCCAAACCUGGGUUUAACGUUCAGCUAAGGGUUGUCAUGUUGAGCCUGGAGUUUGACUACAUGUGCCAGUAUGACUAUGUGGAGGUCCGUGACGGCGACAGCAGUGACAGCCAAAUCAUCAAGCGUUUCUGCGGCAACGAGCGGCCGGCUCCCAUCCGAAGCACGGGCUCCUCGCUCCACGUCCUCUUCCACUCAGACGGCUCCAAGAACUUUGACGGCUUCCAUGCCAUCUUUGAGGAGAUCACAGCGUGUUCCUCGUCUCCUUGUUUCCAUGACGGCACUUGCCUCCUUGACAACAGCGGAUCUUACAAGUGUGCCUGUCUCGCAGGCUACACUGGGCAGCACUGUGAAAAUCUCCUUGAAGAAAGAAACUGCUCAGACCCUGGGGGCCCAGUCAAUGGGUACAAGAAAAUUACAGGAGGCCCUGGGCUUAUCAAUGGGCACUAUGCGAAAAUUGGCACCGUCGCGACCUUCUUUUGUAACAGCUCCUAUGUUCUUAGCGGCAAUGAGGUGAGAACUUGCCAGCAGAACGGAGAGUGGUCGGGGAAACAGCCCAUCUGCAUAAAAGCCUGUCGGGAACCAAAGAUCUCAGACCUGGUGAGAAGGAGAGUUCUUCCAAUGCAGGUUCAGUCAAGGGAGACGCCAUUACACCAGCUGUACUCAUCAGCCUUCAGCAAGCAGAAACUGCACGACGCCCCUACCAAGAAGCCAGUCCUUCCCUUUGGAGACCUGCCCCCAGGGUACCAACAUCUGCACACCCAGCUCCAGUACGAGUGCAUCUCGCCCUUCUACCGCCGCCUGGGCAGCAGCCGGAGGACGUGUCUGAGGACUGGGAAGUGGAGUGGGCGUGCCCCGUCCUGCAUCCCUAUCUGUGGGAAAACUGAGAACAUCACUGCUCCGAAGACCCAGGGGACGCGCUGGCCGUGGCAGGCCGCCAUCUACAGGAGGGCCGGUGGGGUGCAGGCGGGCAGCCUGCACAAGGACGCGUGGUUCCUGGUCUGCAGCGGCGCCCUGGUCAACGAGCGCACCGUGGUGGUGGCUGCCCACUGCGUCACCGACCUGGGGAGGGUCACCGUGAUCAAGACGGCGGACCUCAAAGUCGUCCUGGGGAAAUUCUACCGUGAUGACGACCGGGAUGAGAAGAGCCUCCAGAGCUUGAGGGUCUCUGCAAUCAUCCUGCAUCCCAACUACGACCCCAUCCUGCUGGAUGUGGACAUCGCCAUCCUGAAGCUCCUGGACAAGGCACGCAUCAGCACCCGCGUCCAGCCCAUCUGCCUGGCGGCCCCUCGGGACCUCAGCAUCUCCUUCCAGGAGUCGCGCAUCACUGUGGCUGGCUGGAACGUCCUGGCAGAUGUGAGGAGCCCGGGCUUCAAGAAUGACACGCUGCGCUCUGGGGUGGUCAGGGUGGAGGACGCACUGCUGUGUGAGGAGCAGCACGAGGAACACGGCAUCCCCGUGAGCGUCACGGACCACAUGUUCUGUGCCAGCCGGGACCCCACUGCCCCCUCCAACAUCUGCACAGCAGAGACGGGGGGCAUUGCAGCUGUGUCCUUCCCGGGACGGGCGUCCCCUGAGCCCCGCUGGCAUCUGGUGGGGCUGGUCAGCUGGAGCUAUGACAAAACAUGCAGCCACAGCCUCUACACAGCCUUCACCAAAGUGCUGCCUUUUAAAGACUGGAUCGAGAGAAACAUGAAGUGAGCCUCAGGCCCCUCGAGAAGUGUUUCCGUGCAUCCUUCCGUCUGUGUGUUGCCCGAGGCAGUGUGGACCGGAAGUGUGAUUCUGCCCAGGAAUUUGGCUGUGCCAGGGCUUCUGAUUUCAAAACGAGUGGAGGGCAAGUCGAGCUUACUUUCUGGUAGGCCACCGCCUCCCUGACUGCUGGGACCGUUUGGAAGGUACCAGGGCUGCUUGCAAGAACUCAGUUUCUUCAAAAUAGACUAUACGAGUAGCAAAGAAAUCCUCCCCAUUCAACCAACCCAGUGGCCUUCCCCACCCACCCUUCAGUGGUGCAAAUGCCAUGGUCUGCUCUGGUUGAGAGAGGGUUGACCGGCUUCAUCAAGUCUCUUCCAAAGCUCCAACCAGACCGAGUUCGAAGAGCCGCCUGCAGGACAGCCCUGGACAGUGGAGCCUUGCUGUGGCAUCGGCGUCCUCGCACACUGUCACAGCACACAGUGGUCCUUUUCCUUCCCAAUCCCCUGUACACACUUUAAUAAAACAAGGGUUGGCUUCUGACCCACGGAAC